CACACACACACACGUAUUAAAUUCUUUCUCUACUCACACUCUGUGUAGGUAACACCACAUUGGUUUCUGUAUACAGAUUUAGAAAUGCCUCAAAUCCAAUGGGCGGAGACAGGGUGUUCCCUGUGGAUUAUCCACUGAUUGCAUUAUCACUCGCUUUCUCUAUAAAAAGGGGAACCAGAUGCAGAAGUCACUGCAUUUUCCGGCAAGCCAAGGGUUGUCUGCAUCUCAAGAGUGGGGUCAGCAAGAGAAACUCUACGGCUAUGGGAGUGCCUGCGUUCACCUCUUUUCCGAGCCCACCUGUUCUGGGGAAGCUCAAAAGAAACAUGAUGCCCUGGGCUUUACAGAAGAAACGAGAAAUCCACAUGGCCAAGGCCCAUCGGAGACGAGCUGCGAGGUCUGCUCUCCCCAUGAGACUCACCAGCUGCAUCUUCCAGAGGCCGGUGACGAGGAUCAGGUCUCAUCCUGACAACCAGGUCAGACGCAGAAAAGGGGAUGAGCACCUGGAGAAGCCGCAGCAACUCUGCGCCUACCGGAGACUGCAGGCCCUGCAGCCCUGCAGCAGCCAAGGAGAAGGUUCAAGUCCACUGCAUUUGGAGAGCGUCUUAAGUAUCCUUGCAGCGGGGACGGCCAGUGAAUCUCUGGACAGAGCUGGUGCUGAGCGUGUCCACAGCCCGCUUGAGCCCACCCCUGGGCAGUUUCCAGCUGUGGCAGGGGGGCCAACCCCAGGAAUGGGUUGUCAGCUCCCACCGCCCCUCUCUGGCCAAUUGGUGACUCCUGCAGAUAUCCGGAGACAGGCCAGGAGGGUGAAGAAAGCCAGGGAGAGACUGGCCAAGGCCUUGCAGGCAGACAGGCUGGCCAGGCAGGCAGAAAUGCUGACAUGUAGAUGAAGCGCAGUCCUGGGCUUUCGGUCCCUUUCUUUUAAUGCCCAUCCUCAUUCCUACUCUGAAUUGUCACACUUUUCCCUUCCCCACCAGUUCUUUAAUAAAAGUAUUUGAAAGGCAACAGGUGUAAGGAGUGGAUGGUUUUGUGGUGAGAAAUUGGGUUUUAUGGGAUGAGGAAGGAGACCUUUACAUGUCACUGUACAUCUCAGUUUCUGUUUACCAUGAUUUUAAUUAAUUGGGUUUUUUUUGUUUGUUUGUUUGUUUUGAGACGGAG